AUGAGCGGUUUCUCAAAGAACCCAACUCGACCACCUAUCCACCGUGCUACCACAGCCGAUCUGGCUGCCAAUCUGGCAACACAGCUAGGCAAAGACCCCAAACUUCUUCACGGACGCUCGACGAGUGAAGAUGCGAUGGCCUCUCGAGAAGAAGAGACCGCCAGUCAGGACAACCCGUUCCAGGCGGGAGACUACCAUAGCAACAGCUCAGCACUGUUCGAGUCCCCUGCUGCGCAACGCGAGACUGGCACCCUCCAACACGAGAAUCCUGAAGAACCAGCCAACUUCUCAAACAACUCUGCCUUCAAGGAGUACAUUCGUUAUAUCAAGACGCAGGCUGACGACGCUAAGAUAGCUGCGAUCCACGCAAACCUGGAAAUCAGAAAGACCUCGGAGGCUGUAGCGCAUCUUGAGACCCAGCAAGCCACGAUAGCUAUCAAACAAGGAGCCCUCGAUACUCAAGUCGCUUAG